AGGAUGAAGGGUUCAGUGAGGAGCAGGCUGUCGCCAUGAUGAGAGUCUUGAAUGAUAUCAUCGAAGAGUCGAUCCAAAAUCUUACCCGUACAAUGGUUCUAAGAGAAGACACCGAACGAUCGGCGUAUACACAAAAAGUCGACUUCGCCAAGCUCCGCUCCGAGUUGCUAAAUGCAGACUCGACCGAAGCGCAACUGACGCGCUCGUCGCACGAGAAGAUCGCUGCAGACCUUGCCAAGCUCAACUCGCGGCUCCGGGACGAGAUUGGACGCACACAGGCGUCUGUGCGCCUGGAUCUGAACCUCGAGAAAGGCAGGAUUCGUGAAGAAGCGAAUGGACAGGAAAUGCGCAUCAAGGAGACAGAAACACGGAUCGAGCAGGAGGUUGCCGGCUUAAGGGAGCGUGUGGAAGCAGUCAAAUUCUCCACUCUACAAUGGCUAAUGGGUGUCUGCACCGGUACCGCUGCACUCAUUUUGGGUGCCUGGCGUCUUUUCAUGUGAGAAUUUUAGCGCACUUGGAGGAUUGCAUUACCGCGAACUCAAAACUUGUAAUCUAGCAACUGUUUGUUCACUGUGUUUGUUUCAUGAGCAUGUUGGACAAUUCCCGUUGAGCUGAGAAAUCCAACUUUGCUUUGCUGUAGCAGUCAAAGGUGGUGACAUGGACGCAAGUGAAGCCUUAGCAGUAUCUGAGGCUAGUGAUUUCACAGGACGUGCUGCAUCAAGCAACUAGCGGGCUUGAUUGAAUCGAAAUCAACAUCAAUCUAGUAACCUAGCCGGCUCCGAGUGCGUUAACGUGAAUAGUUGUUGUACAGCCCCCAAGUGGCUUCUGUCAAGACUGGCAAUCUGUUAAGCUCA